AUGAAAAAUACGAACAUUAACAAUGUUGAAGUCAAUAAUGUAAAUCGUGAACGUUCAAAGCAUAAUCUUGACCACGAUGUCAAUACUACCGCUAGUCUUGGAACUAUCCAGCCUCUUGGCUUUAUGGAAAUGUUUCCCCACGACAAGGAUAUUAUUAAUGCAGUUCGUAACAAUCCGAGUCUUUCUACUGUUUCUGCUGGUCAGCUAGAUCUAUUCCCUAAACAUUCAGGUAUUGCAUUUAAUGCCUCUUUCCUUUGGAAUAGCGGUAUUGGUUGGGACAAUAAUGUUAAUGUGAAGCAAGUUUGGCUACCUUUGGGUAAUACUCCAAAGUCCCUUGUUGGUACAGGCGUUAUGUGGGAUGAUGUUUUCUAUGGUUCUGAAGAUAUUUCUCCGUCUAAUGCUGACUUUGUUAUUGAGACUGAGAAAUAUGAAUCGUCUGAACCAUUGAAUCGUAAUUAUGCUAUUUGCUUCCGUCUUUCUGAUAAGGAUACUGCUGACGAUAGGGUGUCUAUUCUUCCUUUGCUGGCUUGGUAUCGUGCAUAUUUUCGCUUUAUGGCAUUGAGCGUCUCCGUAACUGGGGAGUCUACCUAUUGCCAUCAGUUGAUUAAUUGGAUUGAAACUAAUGGUGAUUCUGUCUGUGAUUUUGGUUUGACUUCCUCUCAAUGGGCUGCUCCCAAGACUUCUACGUCUUCUGCUCCUAUUUCUAUUUUUAUGAGGUUCUUUGUUAAUGAGCUGAUGGAUAGUUUCUAUCCUACGGAAGACUAUAAUUUCGUUUCGGCUCAUCGUGUUGACAUUACCGCACCUUAUUCCUCUAGUUCUGAUUAUCAGGCAGGUGAUGGAAAGCCUGAUGGUUCUUAUGCUACUUCUUAUUAUACUCCUCAAUGGCUUGAAAGUCAGAUUAAACUGGGUACUACUGGUCAUACUUUGGGUAUUGAUGGUGAUGGUGCUGGUAAUAUGUAUGAUAUUCAGACUACUAUCUUUUCACAAGGUUCUUUGGUAGGUUUACAGGCUACUGCAAAAGAUGGUGGUUUGUCGGCUAAUCUUAAUGUUCGUGCAUUGAUGAAGGCUUUUGGUAUUGAUGGUUAUGAUACUGAUGAGCCUGUUGAUGUACUUGGAUUCCGUUCAUUUGAUUUGAACAUUUCUGAAGUGACUUCUCUUGCUGAUACUUAUGCUAAUUCUAUUACUGGUCGUUAUUUGGGGUGA